AUGUCGGACCCUAAACGUUCUGGUCUUAUAACAGUGAGUGCUCCAAAAAGUACAAAGAAAAAACAGGAGAAAACAGUGAGAUUAACUAUAAAUUUGGACGAAAGCAACGAAAGUAAAUAUCCUGAGUUGGAUUACUAUAAACUAGUCAGAGAAGCACGGGCAAAUGAAAAGAGAUUGAAUGGCACUACAUCCGGACUGAACGAUACUUUUUACGAUAAAGAUGAUGAUCAAGUUAAGAGAAUUGCUAUGCAAAUGGAACAGAAGUAUGGUAACCAAAGUGCAUACGGCAAGAAAAGCAAGUCCAACGGAGAUGACGUAGAUAUAGGAGCUGGAUAUGACGAUAACGACUCUUUCAUAGAUAAUACUGAUGCGUACGACGAGAGGAUAAAGCCAGACGAAGAGCCCAUGUACGGUGGUUUCUACAUUAAUAGUGGCUCUCUAGUGUUUAAAAAGGUCUCUGAUAAACCGAGCUUCAGGAAAGACAGAAAGCAUCGUAUAAAUUCAAGCAGCAGCAGUAACAAGGAGUCGGACUCGUCGUCAGAUUCAGACAGUCAAGAUGCAAAGGACUCGAAGGAUGCUGUGAAUGGUGUCGAUUCUCAUGAAACUGAGCAUAGGAAAAAGAAGAACAAAGAUAUUGAUAAGGAGAAAGCUAAGAAGAUACGACGGACGGAUUCGUCGGCGGCCACGUCUGGGAAGCAAACUUCGGACGAUAAUGGACAAGGCGAUGGCGAGAGUGCAGACUCGAGGACGUCGGACUCACUCACGUCUAAACCAGCCCCCAGUUCAGAGAAUGCAAUCACAUCGGACAGCUCCAGAGAUGCAGAAACGAAGGAGGAAAUGAAACAGCUGCCAUCUUCAGUCGGCCAACAAUUAGAAGAGUUGGAAAUGUUAAGUCGUCAGUUCCAUAAAGACGAUGAAAGGAUUGAGCAGUGGUUCAGAAGCCUAGAAAAGAUCUUAAACGAGGCCAGUGCGAAUGAUAACGUACGACGACUCGCGUCUAAUUGUAUUGUCAAGAUUUUGAACGUAACUCCUGACUCGAAGUUAUUGCAACGACUGAAAACGCCAUCUUCACUGCCAGAAAGUAAAGGAGUCUCUGUAAUACCAUCAUCUACCUCUCAAAUUGCUCUAUCCACUGCCAUUGUAACCACAUCAACCACCAUGACCAGUUCACUACAUAAUAAGAGGAAAGCAGACGAUAUGUUGGAUAAAUUAGAUGUUAAUAAUCUCACAGAGGCAGAGAGAGAGGCCAAAAUUGAAGAAACUUUGCUCAGAUUAAAGAUUUUAAUAGAAGAACGCAAGCCGGCCAUGAUGGCGGCGUACAAGGCGGACUGUGACAGGGUUCAGGAAGAAAAGAAAAAGCUACAGAUCGCCGCUUCAUCGCACGGCGCACCGCAUAUAGACAAGCGGCGUCCCAAGCGUCGCUUCCCGUGGUGUCCGCGAGCGAAGGCGUUGCUGACGCGCCUGGCGUCGCUGGCCGCCGCCGGCGCGGGCACCAGGGCGCCAGCAGCGCAUGGGAGUGCAGCGGCAGAGCUGCUGGCCAAGCGGGCCCUGCCACUGUUCCCGGCUGGGUUUGUUCGUAUGCCCACUUUGCUGAAGCAGGCUGACCUGAACAAGGAAUUCAAAGAGUCAGAUUUAAAACGACCGCGACUUGCGUCGACGUCGCAGUCAGUAAUAACCAAUACGCAACAGUUCACGGAAUCUAUACAGUUCCCAAGUUCACUCACUGUUACGACAUCAAUCAAAACGGAAACAGAUGAAGAGAAAGAAAUAAAAUAUAAAAAAGCACUUUAUUCCUCACUUAAUUCUUAUCCACUCAAUAGGGAAUUAAAAAUAGAGAAACAAGAGGAUGUAAAAAGGGAAGAGCGGUGUAAAGAAGAUUCAUACAUUCCCAAUAACAUCGGCAGUAUAACGAUAACUCCAGUUACAAACCAGAAAGAGAAAAAAUCCAGUGAAAAAUCAAAAGAACCGUUAAUACGUGUUAAAUCUCCACACGCGCUUAACGAAAUGAUUCACAAAAAAGAGAAAGACAAAGUGAGAAAGCCGGAGAAGUCAAAAAAUGUUGAAUCUCCACUACACAUAGACACGAGUUAUGCAAAUAAAAAAGAAUUAACUAGUCCCAAACACAAAGAUGAAAUUACCCAAAAACAUAUCGAAAGUUUGAGAAUAAUGGAGAACAACAUACCCACACCUGGCCUAGUUUCUGUGAGACAUUCGCCAACGUUUGUCAAACCUGACAAAAGACCCCCCGAACUUAAGAAGAAGAAGGAAAUCAUUAUAGUUUCAGAUUUAAAUCCUUUAGCGGAUAUAGAUCAAGAACCGUUAACGUUGGAUGAUAGUAGCAGUGAUGUGGAAUUAGUGGAAGUGAAACCAGACAAAAGUGAACCUAAGUGUAAAAGUGAAGUGCCUUUGGAGGACAAAGUGAAAGUGAACAGUGUUAAACAUAUUGAAAAAGUUAGUGAUGUUGAUGAAAUUACUGAACAAGAUAUUGCCGGGCUCACCAAGAGUAUUCAGGAAAUGAAGAAUUCACAAGAGCCUGUAAAUUUGAACUGCAAUUCAUAUGGCGGUGUUAUCACAAGUGCUCACACUGCAAACAGACAUGUGUACAACAGAAACGAUACGCGCACUAGGGAUAACUUAAUGAAGAGAAUAAGUUUUUUUGAAAAAAAUGGAUGGAUACCGUCACAGACAGAUGUAAAGUCGUUGUUGCGCGAUGAAGAAGUGAUGAAA